AUGGCACCACACGCUACAUCCAACACAGUCUCCACGUCUAUCGUUGAGCCUACAGCACCGAAAAUGAAAACAGCACUGGAGGCACUCUCGCAAGGCGGCCCGCCUCUUACGGGAAUCCCGUCUUUUCCCUCUCACGCAAGUCAGCGUGCUCACCAGCUUGAGCACAUGGCCGCGGCCUUCCGAGUCUUCGCUCGCAAGGGAUACACAGAAGGGAUGGCGGGCCAUAUCUCUCUUCGCGACCCAGAGAACCCUCACACAUUCUGGACAAACCCGCUAGGUCGUCCGUGGUGCCUAAUGCGUGCCUCCGAUAUGGCUCUCGUUGACUAUGAUGGGAAAAUAAUUGGAGGCAACAUGAGUCGCCCUGUCAACGCCGCUGGGUUCCUCAUUCAUAGUGCCGUGCACAAGGCGAGACCUGAUGUCAAUGCUGUGUGUCAUGCCCAUUCUCCAUGUGGCAAGGCUUGGUCGACUUUUGCCCGGCCAUUGGAAAUGAUCAAUCAGGAUGCCUGCGUAUUCUAUGGCGAAGCCCAGAGCGUAUACAAACAAUUUGGGGGAGUGGUGUUUGACGAAGCCGAGGGACAGAGACUAGCAGAGUCGCUGGGAGCGAAAGGCAAGGGGAUGGUGUUGACGAACCAUGGUCUACUGACCGUGGGCCAGACCGUCGACGAGGCUGCAUAUCUAUUCACCUCGAUGGAGAGAAGUUGCCAGGUGCAGCUUCUGGCAGAGGCUGCUGCUUCCAACGGACUUCAGAAGCAGGUUGUAGGGCAGGAAGAAGCAGAAUAUACGUUUAAAAUGACCUCAGACGCCGAUGGCUUGUAUCGUGAAUUCCAACCGGACUUCGAAGUGGAGGACUACCUGUGCAACGGAGAAUUUCGCAAAUAA